AUGACAUUUAAGAUUAUCGCUCAGCCAUUGGAGAACUCGAAUAGAAGAGAAAAACCUCGAAAAGCUCCCUUCAUCUGUGACCUUUGUUCAAAAACCUUUUAUAUCGAACAUUGUUUCACAGCCCACCAGCGUAACCAUCUAGGCCUAUCGGGUUAUCCAUGUACAUAUAAAAAUUGUGAUCGUGCCUACAAUAGGGUCACCGACUUGAGAAGACAUCUCGACCGACACAAGGGCAUUCGCCACGAUUUCAUAUGCCAUGCCCUAAACUGUGGCGAAGUAUUUGCCGAAUACUACCAAUUGCACAAUCACAAGCAAAAGUACCACAACAGUGGUGAAACCCCGCAAAAAUGUGAAAAGCAAAUCCUAGACAAACCAAUUGCUUUUAAUGAAAGUUUUGUCUGUGAGACCUGUGGAAAAGUGUUUAGCAACAAGAAUCUUUUUAAAAAUCACUGUCUGUUACAUAUCGAUGAAUCGCAUUGGCCUUUUGUAUGCGAUGAAGCCGGUUGUGGCAAAAGAUUCCGCAUGAAAUCACGCCUCAAAACACAUAAACUCCGUCAUAGUGGCAUUAAGAGGUAUUCAUGUCCUUACUGUGGCCUGAAGAAAGUCACCAAGAAUGAAUUGAAUAUUCACGUUAAUUUACACACCUUUGAAAAGAAGUAUCCUUGUCGUGUAUGCUCAAAAGUAUUCAAGAGCGUAGGAGGUGUUCGAACGCAUCUGCUUCAGACUCAUGAACAAAGCGUCAAGAAGAAAAAUGUCACCUAUGAUUGCAGGCAUUGUGGACGCAAGUUAAGCUCGUUGUUAUCCAGAAAAAACCAUGAAAUGUCCCACACUGGCGAGAAGCCUCAUGUUUGCGAACAAUGUGGAAAACGUUAUGUGUAUGCCCACAAUUUGAAACAACACAUGAACACCCAUGUUGAGGGUGGUAAAGCCUGUGUAUGCAAAGUGUGCGGCAAAAAAUUUAAAUAUUCAUCGGUUUUAUGGGUUCACAUGAAAACACAUUCGGAAGACACAAAAUUGAAGUGCGAUGAGUGUGGCAAGACAUUUAAAUGGCCUUCGAACUUCGAGGCUCAUAAAAAGCUGCACACCGGCAUAGAGCUUCCCCAUGUAUGCGAUGUAUGUGGCAAAGGAUUCCGUUGGCCAGCUUCUCUCUAUGUCCACAAGAAAAAACAUGUGGAGAGAAGCGAUGAGCUUUUGGAUUUGGAAAUCGAUGAUGUUAUAUAGCCGCAAUCAAGUCGCAGAAGCAAGUCCCAACUAGCAAAGUUUUUUAUACCCACCACAUUCCGUUUGCAACAAAUUGAAAUA